AUGGCCACCGCGACCAUGGACGACCUCGUCGCCAGCCUUUCUGGCAACAUGCAUGUCUCCCAAGAAGGCUGUGACCUCAAAGCUCUCCAAGAAUACCUCUCCCAAAACCUCCCUCUCCCCCUGGCACCUCCCAGCGGCGGCCUGGGCUACCCCCAAACAAAAUCCCGCUCCACCUCCCUCACCCGCAAACCUAGUUCAUUGCCUUCAUACACCUACCCCUCCCCCACACCGAACGCUUUGCCUCUGCCUUCUCCUUAUGCUCAGCCCCAAGCCCAGUUUCAGUGGCAGCUCCAAGCGCAAGGCCAAGCACAGGGUCAAGCGCAAGGGCAGCAAGCAGGCACCUCAGCCUCAGCAUCAUACGACCCCCCCUCCCAGAUCUCCAACCUGCCCCCCGCCCAACGCCCCGCCCCUCCCCGCCGCGCAAGCUCCUUCGGUACCCUCCCACACAGCUACAUCCCCGUCUGCAGCAGCGGCCAACAGCCCAGCAGUCCUUCUACGAGUUAUGCGGCGUUUGAGAGUGAUGCUUUUGCGCCUGUUUGGAAAGCUGAGGAAUCGGCGGUGGUGGAAGAUCCGUGGGCCAAGAUUCGGGAGGGGCAGGGUCAGUUGGGGACGUUUGGGUAUGCCCAUGCGCAAGGGGGGCAAAAGCCCACUGCCGCUCAGGACAAUCAAGCAGCAGGAGGAAGGGGAGGGGGAGGGGGUUGUCAAUGGGGUCUUCAAAUCGGUGGAUUCGACCAGCCGACCCCGCUUUCUCUCGGCCAGGAAGAUAGAACAGGAGGGGAAGAUAUGGAUAUGGAUGGAGAUUCCAUGAUGGACGCGUCGGAUGAUGAGGAUGAUGAAGAAGUGGAGGGGAUGAUGGAUGAGAGAGAUCCUUGGGGAGCUGGGCGGGGGAGGCCGGUUUGGUAG